AUGAUGGAGGUGGCGUCGACGCCGCGCAAAGGCUCUUGGGGCAAUGCGUCGUCGUGGAUGGGGCUCCUCCGCCACCUCGUGCGUGAAGAGUACGGCACGUUCAAGCUCUCGCCCGUCACGACCAACAUCACCGAGACACCGAUCGAGCGCAUCUUGGUGUACCUCCAAGACGCCCGCGAGCAGUUUAUUGGCAUCGGCUUCAUCCUCGCUCUCUACGGCCUCUGGCGCUUUGACCCGGCCGACAUGGAACGCCGCGAGACUGACGCUGCGCCGAUCGAGGCUGCGCUCGGGAGCGCGCCAGAGCAAAAGGCGCUCGACGACUUGCUCUUGCUGUGCCUCUUGCACUACGUCGUGUGCUUCCACGCGCUCUCGAACCUGCCGCUGUACCUCCCGCUACCGCGCGCGAUCCACAGCCGGUUUUGGAUGCAACCGAAUCUGGUGAUCGCCAUCUUCCUCGGGCUCGGGCUCGCUCGCAUGCACGCAAGUCUCAACGCCAAAGUGUUUCGUGUCCUCGCCAGGGCCGGCGCGGUCGUCUCGGCGCUCGGACUGAUCUACAUGCAGCUCAGCGCCCAGUACCCGACGGCCAACCACGCCAAGAAAGGAAAUGUCAUUGCCGCAUACGGCCACGCGCUCCUUGAUACGCUGCCACCCAACGCGAUCCUGCUCUCGUACACGGACAUCAACUGGAACAGCGUCCGGUACCUUCAAGAGUGCGAGAAGAAGCGGCCGGACGUCAUGCACCUCAACUUUCAGCUCAUGCCGUACCAUUGGUUCCAGCGCCAGCACGCGCUGUACCCCGGCGUCACGUUCCCGCAGCUGCUGCAAGGCGUGUCCACCGAGCGCGGCAGCAAGGGCUUUGAGCAGCUCAUGCGCCGCUUUGUGAUGCAGAACAUGUACACGUUCCCAACCUCCAUGUACCUCGACCUCCAUGCAGUGAACGAAUCGGCGCUCGGCAAAGACGGCUACUACAACGGAUUUUACGUCACGCCGCACGGCAUGCUGUGGAAGAUCCACGAGCAGAAAAAGAUGCCCUCGAUCUCGAAAUGGAACAAGGACGUCAAGCAAGUGUGGAAGAUGUACAAUACGACGUUUCCCUUGGCCAACGCGGCGCAGUACCCGUCCGGGUCGUGGGAGUUUGUCGCGCGCAAGAUCUACUACGACGGGCUCUACCAGCGUGCGCUCCACCACCUCCAGCACUGGGUCGAAACGUCCGCCAAGCUCGGGAAAGACACGACCUUUGACGAGAUCGACGACUAUCUCUUUGGCAUGCGCGACAUUGUCCAUGCGCUCGACGGCAUCUACCACAUCGCAAUGCCGAUUUACUGCAUUUCGUACCCGAAAAAAGACAUUGUCAAGAACCUCGCGCUGAGCUACAUGCGGUACCAUGGCGCGCUCGCGAUCGCAGACCGCCAGCCGGACCGUGACCUGCCCAUCUCCAAGCAGCUCCUCUCGGACAUCCAAGACGAGGCGCUUCGCAUGUGCAAGGAGUUUAUCGAGAUCAACCCCAAGGACAAGGACAUUGAGACAUUCCAAAAGUACGUCGAGUCGAUCGAGUCGCCGCCCGAGCCCGCGCCAAAGCCCAAGAAGCUCAAGAAGAAGCUCAAGAAGAAGCCGCGGUCCGAGAUCACCGAAGAAGAGCUUUAGGCAGUUGAAACACCGACUACGUAUCUUGCAACAAGAGUGCUUGGAGAAGG